GCGAUGCAUCCAUCCACAUCCAAGCGCCAGCAGAAGGUGCCGGUGCCUUCCUUGAUUGGAGGAGUGUGAAUCUCUCCACCCCUUCCCAAUUCCCCAUCCAUCAGUUGGGUUGAUAGAGUGAGCCGUUGACCAUAACACGCGAAAAAAGAAUCUUGGAUUCCUGAUUCGAAUCCGCCGUGGUAGAAGAGAAUUGAUCCGGCAUGUCGGGCGGUGGCGGCGUGGUGUGUCCGCCGCCGGAGUUGGGUUUCGGCGGGCAGUACUACUCGGUGGUGAACGGCGUCUGCAGCCGCGACGAGAGCUUCUUCGGCGGGAAGCCGGUGCUGACGCAGGCCGUCGGGUACGCCGUCGUCCUCGGCUUCGGCGCUUUCUUCGCGCUCUUCACUUCCUUCCUGGUGUGGUUGGAGAAACGUUACGUGGGCGGGUCGCAGCUGCAGACGUCGGAGUGGUUCAACACCGCCGGCCGGAGCGUGAAGACGGGGCUGAUCGCCAGCGUGAUCGUGUCGCAGUGGACAUGGGCGGCGACCAUCCUGCAGAGCUCCAACGUGGCGUGGCAGUACGGCGUGAGCGGGCCCUUCUGGUACGCCAGCGGCGCCACCGUGCAGGUGCUCCUCUUCGGGGUCAUGGCCAUCGAGAUCAAGCGCAAGGCGCCCAACGCGCACACCGUCUGCGAGAUCGUCAGGGCCAGGUGGGGCGCCCGCGCGCACCUCGUCUUCCUCGCCUUCUGCCUCGCCACCAACGUCAUCGUCACCGCCAUGCUGCUGCUCGGCGGCUCCGCCGUCGUGCACGCGCUCACGGGCGUCAACGUCUACGCCGCCAGUUUCCUCAUCCCGCUCGGCGUCAUCGUGUACACGCUCGCCGGCGGGCUCAAGGCCACCUUCCUCGCCAGCUACAUCCACUCCGUCGUCGUGCACGCCGUGCUCCUCGUCUUCGUCUUCCUCGUGUACACGUCCAGCAGCAGCCUCGGCAGCCCCAAGGUGGUGUACGAGCGCCUCCUCGUCGUCGCCAGCGCCGCCAGGGACUGCUCCGGCGACCUCUCGCGCUCUGGUCAGUCUUGCGGCCCCGUCCACGGAAACCUCAAGGGUUCUUACCUCACCAUGCUCAGCUCCGGCGGCCUCGUCUUCGGCAUCAUCAACAUCGUCGGCAAUUUCGGCACCGUCUUCGUCGAUAACGGGUACUGGAUGAGCGCGAUCGCCGCUCGGCCGUCGUCGACGCACAAGGGGUACCUGCUGGGCGGCCUGGUGUGGUUCGCCGUGCCAUUCUCGCUGGCAACAUCGCUCGGCCUCGGCGCGCUCGCCCUCGACCUCCCAAUCACCGCGGCGGAGGCGGCCAAGGGCCUCGUCCCGCCGGCCACCGCCACCGCGCUCAUGGGCAAGCCCGGCUCCGUCCUCCUCCUCACGAUGCUCUUCAUGGCCGUCACCUCUGCUGGCUCGGCAGAGCUCGUCGCCGUCUCCUCCCUCUUCACCUACGACAUCUACCGCACCUACAUCAACCCGGGCGCCUCCGGUAAGCAGAUCCUCCUCGUGUCCAGGGCCGUCAUCCUCGCCUUCGGUUGCUCGAUGGGCGUCCUGGCCGUCGUCCUCAACCUCGUCGGCGUGUCCCUCGGCUGGAUGUAUCUGGCCAUGGGCGUCCUCGUAGGCUCCGCCGUCAUCCCCAUCGCUCUGCUGCUGCUCUGGAGCAAGGCCAACGCCUUCGGCGCCAUGCUCGGCACCAUCAGCGGCUGCGUCCUCGGCGUGGUCGUCUGGCUCACGGUGGCCAAGGUGCAGUACGGCCGCGUGAACCUGGACACCACCGGCCGGAACGCGCCCAUGCUGACGGGCAACCUGGUGUCCAUACUGGUGGGCGGGGCCGUGCACUGCGUGUGCAGCCUGGUGUCGCCGCAGAACUACGACUGGGAGAGCAGCAGGCAGAUCACCACGGUGGAGAGCGUGGGCGCCGAAGACGACGACGAGCUCCAGGAGGAGAAGCUGGUGCACGCCAAGCGGUGGAUUGUCAAGUGGGGCCUGGUGUUCACGGUCGUGAUCGUGGUGCUGUGGCCGGCGCUGUCGGUGCCGGCGGGGAGGUUCAGCCUGGGGUACUUCACGCUGUGGGCGGCGAUCGCGAUCGCGUGGGGCGCGGUGGGCUCGGCGGUGAUCAUCCUGAUGCCGUUGGUGGAGAGCUGGGACACCAUCAGCAUGGUGUGCGCGGGGAUGUUGACCAACGACAUCGUGUACCAGCGCCUCGACGACGUGAACCUGCGGCUGAGGGCCAUCAUGGGGGCCAUGCCCGAGGCCGAGAAGCGCUACCAGCAGCUGCAGCGGAAGGAUGAGGUGGAGAUGCACCCCACCGGCACCCAUCCGGCCGACGACAGCGACCAUCUUUUGGAGAACUGAUGAAAUGAUCGAUGUAUGUAUCGUGUGUGUACAGGGGUUGGAUGGCGCGUUCAUUUCCACUCAGAAAUGUGCAACCAUUGUCAUGAGACAAUGCGCAGCAGUAUCACGUCACUGAAGUUCGUGUGAGUACUUCUUCUGAUCCAAAAUAAGUAUCAUGGAUCGGAGAGCGUAAUAUUUUUCUUCAUGUGUA